CUCUGACUGUAUCUGCGAUCCUGCCUCAGCCACUGAACUCUGUUCACACUCAGCCUUCAGAGCUGCAGGAUGACCCGUUGGGCGCUUCUCGCUCCCCUCCUGCUCCUGCUGGGGCACAGCGUUUUCAGUCAGGAGCCCAGGGACCCGUCAGCAGCACCGCCAGCGGCGGGCCAAGCCCCUGAUGGAGCCCAGGCAGAGGAUGAGAACGGAGAGUGGGGACUGAACUCCCUCAGAGGUGGCUUUGAGGCAGUCGGCAGCUACUUUGACUCGAUGCUGGAGUUCAUGGGCGGACGUGAUGGAGUGUGCCAAUACCGCUGCAGAUUUGGUAAAGCUCCUCUUCCUCGCCCUGGCUACCAGAUGCCUGAACCCAAUGGCUGUACCUCCUACUUCUUCGGUCUUCCCAUUCCUGAAGGGGACAUGGGCAUCCCUGCCAUGACCAAGUGCUGCAACCAGCUGGACAUGUGUUACGACACGUGCGGCUCCAACAAGUACCGCUGCGACUCCAAGUUCCGCUGGUGCCUCCACAGCAUCUGCUCAGACCUCAAGAAGAGCCUCGGCUUCGUGUCGAAGGUUGAAGCAUGUGAAACGGUGGCAGACACCUUGUUCAACACCGUGUGGACUCUGGGCUGCAGACCCUACAUGAACAGCCAGAGAGCUGCCUGCUACUGCCAAGGAGAGGAGAAAGACGAACUGUAGAUAUAUAUUAAAAAAAAAAUUAAAAAAAAAUCCAUUUCUCCUAUUUAUGAAACAGCACCAGUCCAGGAGCCUCAUUUCUGGGGGCAGUCUUCUGAGCUGCAGUGUUGCAAAGGCGGCUGCAACUACUUGAGUAAUUUAUUCAUUAGUUCUUGCUUUUGUUUUGUUCAAAAUCAGUUGCUGUUGAAAUUUCUGCUGCGCACUGUGCUGCGAGCCAGUACUGUAUUCCUUUGUCUGCAGCAUCAAAAUAAAGGUGAUGGUUUUGUUUCAAAUACAAAACUGGCUUGUUUCCUCCACUGUAAGGAAGAUGUGUGUUAAGUGUUACUAUACCUCACUUGUGAAUAAAAUGUGAUUUAAAAAAAUA